ACGUUCCGUUGUUGUCAUGGCGCCGUUUCAAAAUGUUGUCAAACUUCGACUUAAAUUAGCACGUUAGCCAUGUGUUAUAGCCUAAUUAGCCUUCAGUUAGCGACGCUGUGCCACUUUUAAAUUCUAUUCAAACUGGAAUAAGUGGUAAUAAGCGAAGGAGACAUGGUUGAAAGGACGAUUUUGGGAUUAACUCGAUGUUAGCGAAUUGACAUUGAGAGGCAAAGUUAGCCCGGUAAUGCUAACUGUCGUUAGCAGUACAUAUUAGGAACAGGUUAGUUUUUAAGUUGGUUUUGGUGGAUAUUUUCGCUGUAAUGACCGCACAGUUUUUGGGCAGUGCUCAGACGCCAGAGAGAGGCUGGGUUGCUUUAGGUUCAACGCGAAACAAGAGCAGCGAUUUAAUUACAAGGAUGUCCCAAACCAAGCUUUUGUUCAAUGAAGCCAUCCCUGCAAGUGCCAGGAACCGUGCCACCUGUGUGGGCCCACCAGCACCCAUUGUGAUAGAGAGACUGCUGCCACUUUCAGAAGUGAGAGAGAAUAUGGACAGCACCAGGAGCUUGAUCAGCUUCACUGCGCUCUCUGAGGAGAAACUUCAAGCUGCUGUUAAACUGGCCAAGCAAGAUCUAAGAAGAAGGCGUCUUGAGUCACUGACAAUAUCUGCUACCAAACCUUCUCAAGAAACCUCCCUCUUUGUGACAAGUGAUGUUGAACUGCUUCAGGAACUUGCAGCCACUCCAAGCAAGGCUAAGUCAAAGGCCUCCAGUCCAAAGGAAAAGGUUACCCGUUAUGGAGCCAAACAGCAGAAAUCCCAGAAGCAUCCCAUUUCUUCCAAGGCCAGGGUUGGCCUGUCACCUCCUACCAGAGACCCAGGUCCAAAGCAGGUGGAAGGAGACAAACAGGCACCCUUAAGCCACGAGAUCAGCAAACUGCAAAAUGAGCUGGAGGUGUAUAUUCAGAAAGUGGAAGAGCUGGCUAACAGAGGAGAGAAAAUAGAGGAACCUGAAGAGCAAAGCAAGCUUGAGACACGCAGACAGAAGCAGGCAGCCCGCUCAGCGCGCAUCAUUUAUGUCCUCCAACAACAGGUCAAAGAGAUACAAGAAGAUAUAGAAAAACUACGAAGCCAGAAAAUGUGGGACACCAAAAAGUCCAUGGCAAUAAACAGGCUUGCAGCUGCCCACCGUGGAGCACUCAGGGCUCUUCAGGUUAUCAUCCAUCAGCUUUCAGACCUGUCUCAUAGCAAGGUCCCCCCUCAUUACAAAGAACUGGGCCAGCUGAUUCGCCAGCUCUCUCUGUGCUCAGCAAAGGUAGAAGUGGACCAGGGUUCAACUGUGCCGGAGACGGCCCUCGACAUCCUGCAGAAACUAGAGACUUUGGAUUCAGCACUCCGUAAACAAGAGAUGCUUGAAAAGAUGCAGGCCCAAGCAUGUCCUCCACACAGGAAGUCUCCUCAUCGCAGCACGUCACCCACUAUUGCGCCCAAAGGUCCCAUCACCUUAACUGCACCUCGAGGACCUUUGAAACCCACAUAUCCGAAGAGAGGUGUCCAGGCAGGUAGGAGAAAAGCUUCAGGGAAGCCCAACACUACUGCUCAUCAGCCUAUAAACAGAAGGGAGGUGCUGAGGGCCGGCCUAGAGACCGUCGCCCAGCAGAGGGAGCUAAGGGAACUGCAGGGACGAUCCCAGACGCACACUACCUGCAGGAAAGGGCUGCACUAUGACAGAAGAAAGGCUGGCAUAAUGAAGAUGCAAAGUGCAGGUUUCCAGCAGCCUACAGUCUCCUCUCAGCUAAGAGUGAACCAGCUCCCUCAAAAAGAGCCCUCUGUGCCAUGGAUACCUACAUCCCCUCACUCUCCUCCUCCACAACGAUCCCCUCAAAGGAGCAGACCAGAGCCUCGUUGCCUCUUCUCUCCAUUGAAGCCUUCACAGAGCCCUCCAAAGCAGAAGGUGGGUGGUGGUUUGGAUUCCGAGGCGGCCCUGAGCUCAGAAAAGAAGAAAGACUCUCAGAACGAAGCAUUAAGGAGAGCUUGGCUGGAUAAGAUGACUAUGCAGAGACUGAAAGAGCUCAACCACCUGAGUAAAGAAGAGGCUGAACGGAUUCGGAGAUUAAGGUCUGAAGUUGGCUCGCCAACUCAGUGGGCAGAGAGAGCUGAGCAGAUCGCCAGAGAGAGAAUUCAGCCCCUUCUGGAUGAAGCACAGCAGAUUGGUGAGUCCAGGACCAGGAUUGACUCUUCAUUGAGGAAUCGGCUGUCGGAGCAGGCUGCAGAGAGGGCAGCAGAGAGUGCGGAGCGGCUGAGUGAGGCGCUGCUGGAGGAUCUCCUGGAGGAUACCGCACAGGUAGCGUGGGUGGCCGAAACAGACAGACAGUUACAGGCCAUGGCCCAGUGUAGGCUGCAGGCCCCCACCCUGGAGAACAUGCUGCUCCGUAUGGAGGAGAUACAGAGGGAUCAGGAGGAAGUGAGGAGGCGGUUUGCUUCCAUCACUUAUUCAGACCCUCUUUAUUGGGAUCGACCAGGAGCAGCAGGAUCUCAGUGCCGUGCUCCGGGCUCCAGGCCAGCCUCUCCUCAGCCAAUUAGGCUCACAAGGCCAGUGCUGAAACAGACCUCUGCAGCUGAUAUUGUCCUAGAGAAGCCCAUCGAGACAGGAAACAGUUUACUGUUUGAGAACAGCCUGACGGAGGAGGCACCCCAAGACCAGCGGCAGCCUCGAAACAGCACUAUGUUCCCAGGCACAGAGGACAGACACAGGAGGACUGUUAUGUCAGUGCUGGGCAGCAUGCUGGAAAACAUCCGGCGGUACCGCGAAGACUACGAGGCCUACCUGCGCGUUGUGGCUCACGAAGCUGUCGGCAGCUUCAACCCCUGGGCCGUCGCAGACAGCCUGGCAGAGGAGUUGCUGUCGGAGGCUGUGGGUGACGUGGCAGCAGAGUUUCAGGAUGUUGUGGAGGAGUAUGCCGAGGCCGUGUUCACCUCCGAGUUCCUGCAGCCAGUCCAGUCACCUCCUACUUUGGUCAGCCAGUAGGAUGUAGGAGGUAGCAUUAUGUGUUGGUGGAAAAUAUGCUUUUUCAGACCAGGUUUAUUUUUUUUAACCUACGGCUUGGAUUAUUUAUUAUGAGCUUUGUACAUUUCACAAACAGAUUUUUCACUUCAUAAUAAACUUCUUCAAUAUUUAUAUUUAUUUUGUGCAUAGACAAAGAUCUGAAAAUGCGUUUAUAGAUCACUACUUUGAUGAACCAACAUAUGACUUCCUCUCAUGGGCGACGCAGAUAUUUUUUUUAAUGACGCCACAGCAGAUGAGAUUGUUGAACUGCACGGGGAGCAUUAGUCACAGUAGUCUUCAUGGCCCAUCUGUAUCUGUGAUUGAAUUCCUCUGGGAAAGUUAGUUUUGUGUCGAUAAGCUUGGAGAGACCAUUACGACAUUACAGAGGAUUAUAAGAUUACUGCCCUCCCCUUGCACUUGGUUUAAAUCUCCCUGAGGAUUACUCACACUUUCUAUUUUCAUGUCGGAAUAUGGAAAUAAAUUAAUUGCAUACGGUCUCCAUCGAAAUGAUGUAGGCAGCCAAGGGCAUCGUGUGUUUAAUCUAUUGUAAAAUGAUUUCCUCCUUUUCUCUAACAUCUAAAUAAAGGGUCUCACUGCAGCAAAAUGCUGGA